AUGAUAUUUUCGACAAUGUUGCCGCAAGCAAAUGCGGCAGCAUUAUAUUUGAAGCAGUCGUGUCCAUUUUUCCGGAUUGGUUUAUGUAUAGUUUCGCUAGGCGGAAUUUUGUCUCGUUCUGAAGUUAUUUUUGAAUUCUUCUCUUUAACCGGUAACGAUUUGGUGCGGUUUGAAUUGUGGCGCCUGUUUACACAUUUUGCUAUCGAAACCAAUAUUUUUGCUUUCAUUUUACUGGUGUGGAAUCUUCAUCAAGUGGCAUCAUUAAUCGAACCAAAUUGGGGCACGUUCGAAACGAUCAAAUAUUUAGGCAUUGUUCAGAUUGGAUCAUCGUUUUUAAUUGCCGUUAUGGCAUUACUGACAUUUAUUAUCACAAUAAAUGACACCUUUUUCUUCCGGACCCAUAUAUUUGGCUUGCCAUCAGCUUGUUCCGCCGUUUGUGUUGCCAUGAAACAGUACCUGCCAGAUUCGAUACUUCUAAUUACACCGGUUGGACGUAUCAAAAAUACUCAUCUUCCUUCUUGUGUUAUUGUCGGCGCAUCAUUUUUGGUUGCAUUCGGCCUUCUUCGUUGGGUUUCGUUACUUCAGAUUCUAUGUGGUAUUCAAAUAAGCUGGAUUUAUUUGCGAUUUUUUCAACCGCAUGAUGAUGGUGAACCGAAAGGGGAUCCCAGCGAACAUUUUGCGUGGGCAACUCUCUUCCCCUCGAAGUUACAACCAUUAAUGAGAGUGCUAUCGUCAGCAGUUUAUACUUGCUUGAUACAAGCACGUCUAUGUAAACCAAUGGCAAGGCAUAUUGAUCUAAUGCAACUUGAUUCCGUAAAUGUCAUUCUUCCUGGUUUACAUACGAGAGAUACGGAGAGAAGGCGGCAGAAAGCGCUACGAGAUUUGACCGAACGUUUAAAUCGAGCGCAGCAGGCUGAAACAGGUUUGUGCCCGGAAAUGGAAGAUGUUGAAGAAAAUAUAACAGUUCAGGAUACUUCUGCAGUACAACAGCAGAAAGAAUCAGAACCGCACGAUCCAGUGUCUUUAACUGAAGAAAUUAAUGUCGAUAAAGAAAAAGGAGAUAUAUAA